CGUGGCAAAGUACACUCGUGUUGCGCAUGCGCGAACUCUCCUAGCUUGACCUGUUUGUGAUGAUCAGAAAACCGCUGUGUUACUGCGAAUAAUAACACAACACAGCAUCACCAACAAAAGGUGCACAAGUGUGAACCCUGUCUGAAUGACGUGACCCGAAUAAGAGCUUUUUAUGUUACUGAGGGAAAGUGAGUUUGUCCUGAUCUGAUCUGAUCUGAUCUGAUCUGGUCUGGUCUGAUCUGAGGAGGGGAGGCGACCCGAAUGCUAGUCAAGUUUCUACUCGGGAGAUUUUACCUAAAAGAAAAGCAACAAAACAAAGAUUUCCGAAAAGUAAUUUAGGAUUAUCCCCUGAUUGGUUGGAGCUUCAGCUUCAAACAGGACGUAUGUGUAAUGGCUGACAGAGCGUGAGUGUAGCAGGUGUGCGUGUGCCUGUGUUGAGUAGAAUGUUGCCGGGUGUGGGUGUGUUUGGAACAGGGCAGACUGUACGCUCCCUGGUGCCCUUACUGCAGGCGGAAGGAUUUCCUGUUCAGGCCGUCUGGGGCCGGACACAGGAGGAAGCGGAACGUCUGGCAAAUGAGCUCAACAUCCCCUUCUCUACCAGCCAAUCAGACGAUGUCCUGCUGCGGCAGGAAGUCCACCUCGUGUGCAUUCUGACGCCACCGCCGCACACACGCCAGAUCGCAGUGAAGGCAUUGGGAAUUGGAAAGAAUGUGAUCAGCGAGCAGGCUGCUACUCUAACGGAUGCCUGCACGAUGGUGACGGCGGCACAGUAUUACCCGCAGCUCAUGAGCAUCAUGAACAAUGCUCUGCGCUUUCUGCCCGCCUUCGUCCUGAUGAAGCGGUUGCUUGCGGAAGGGUACUGCGGGUCGCUGCAGGUGUGUGAAGCACGUGUGUACGGCGGCUCGUUGCUGAGCCAGUCGUAUGGCUGGGCGUGGGAGGAGCUGAUGGGCGGCGGUGGGCUGCACACAGUAGGUUCCUGCAUCAUCGACCUCCUGAACUACCUUACCGGGAAGCGGGCCGAACGUGUUCACGGCAUGCUUAGGACCUUCGUGCGGCACGGCGCCACGGGCAGCGGCAUUCGCUCCGUCACCGCUGACGACUACGCCUGUUUUCAGCUACUCAUAUCGGGGGGCGUGGUCUGCAACGUGACGUUGAACUUUAACCUUCCGGGCGCCGAUCUUCACGAGGUCAUGCUGGUGGGAUCGUCUGGGAGACUGGUGGCCAGGAGCACCGAGCUGUAUGGCCAACGAAACAGCAUGGAGGGGGAGGAGCUUCUUUUAUGUGACAACAGCUCAGGGGCAGGGCCUUCGGUCACAGGACUGAAAGCGAUGGUGACUCAGCUGCGUCUGUCCUUCCAGGCGCAGGAGGACCGGCGGUCCUGGGUGCGGCAACCCAUCGCCAUGGCGUCCACGUUUGAGGACGGGCUGUACGUUCAGACGGUGGUGGAUGCCAUCAAACGGUCAAAUCGCACUGGAGAGUGGGAGAACGUGGACGUCAGAACUGAGGAUGUAGAUCCUAAUCAGAACCACAGAACCGCUCUGAACUGAAGCGACGACUGAAUGACGAACGGCUAACAAACGGCACCGCUGUAGACAUCCGGUGUUUGUUGACUCUGCUAACAUGGCAGUCUGUUUUAGGCUAAACACUGCAUUCCGAGGCACAAAGUGCUUUCCACACAACAGACAACAGACGCUUGUCCUUCAAGUAAAUUUGAGUUUUUCAAGCUUUCUACACUGCUUCCAAGCUGGAGAGCAAAAACCGAUAGACAUGAAUGUGUUUCUCAGAUCGUAAUCAUAUCACUAUUUAGGACGUAUGACAGCUUACUGAGAUUUCUCUCACCAUUUACUCCUUUAGAAAUGAGAGUGGGAUUUAUAAAUAUCAACGUUACACUUUUUACAGUGUCACUCUGUACGAUCAGUAACUUCACCUGUGACCUACACAGAAUGCAGAUUUUCUGCAUACAAAACAAACAGUAUUCACCACCUUACCCACAAUGCAGCGCUCCUGCUGUAAACACACUACACGUCUUCACUCCGGGAACAUUCCUGUCUUUAUCAUAGACUAUGAUU